AUGGAGUACAAGCUGGCAGUGGAUUCCAGCAAGAAGGCCACGGAGCUGCCGCUCCUGAGGGUUUGUGGCACCGUGCAGCAGAAUCCGCACAUGCGUGCCUUCUGGGCCAGCACAAUAUCUUUCUUCCUUGCCUUCCUGGGCUGGUUUGCCUUGGCGCCUUUAGGCCUCGAAGUUGCGACCAGCAUGGGGACGUGCGAAAACCAGCUCUUCCCUCCCACGGACUUCCCAACACGACCAGCCUACCUGAAGUUCAAGAACUUGAAGAGUGGGCUGAGCUAUUGCCAGUAUGGUGUCGUCAAGGAGGACGGCAAGCCGAUCGAUUGCCAAGACGUCCCCGCCGAUGUGGUGAGCGGCGCCGGCUCAACCGCUGAGAAGUACAGGCCGCAGGUGCUCGCAAAGUGCGUGUGCACCCCAGGCACAGAAUGCAAGUCGGUGAUAGCGAACGCUGGCGUGGCCUCGGUUGCCUCGACCAUCUUCGUGAGGGUUGCCUUGGGGACGCUUCUGGAGCGCUUCGGUCCGGUAAACGUUCAGUGCGGCUUAAUGUCCUUUGGGGCUUUCUGGGUGGCAAUGGCGGCCGCCAUUACAGCUCCAUGGAACUACACGCUGAUUCGGUUCUUCAUAGGUUGUGCCGGCGCCACGUUCGUGACCAAUCAGUUCUGGUGCUCGCUGAUGUUUGCGCCCAAUGUUGUCGGCACGGCCAACGCCACUGCGGCCGGUUGGGGCAACUUGGGAGGCGGCGUCACCCAGAUUUUUAUGAUGUCUGUACUUUUCAAUCCUAUGGUGGCCUCCGGGUUGGAGCCGAAUGUCGCCUGGCGUGUCUCCAUGGUGGUGCCAGCGGUCAUGUUCGUGGCUUGUGCCAUUUGCAUGAAGCUCAUGUGCUGGGAUAUGCCUACGGCACGCAACUACGAUCCGGCCGUGACCGGCAAGACACAAAAGCCUUCGAUGUGGGACUAUGUCGAGGUGCUGCGUGAUGUUCGCGUCGUGGUCAUGAUAUUCCAAUAUUCCGCAUGCUUCGGCACAGAGCUCGCAAUGAACAAUCAGUUGGCCACACAUUUCCGGACAUACUUCCAGAUGGAUGCAGGUGAUGCCAGCGCCUUGGCGGGUGCUUUCGGUCUCAUGAAUCUUUUCGCAAGAUCACUUGGUGGCAUCAGCAGCGAUGUGUGCUUCAAGUACUUCGGCUUCCGCGGUCGCAUUUGGGCCCAGUUCCUUGCACUCUUUUUCGAAGCUAUCUUCCUAUUCAGCUUCGGAAACGUGGACAAUGCGCAGCCUUGGUAUGUGGCAUUGGCAGUCUUGGUUUGCUUCUCGCUCUUUGUGCAGAUGGCUGAGGGCACCUCCUACGGCAUCGUGCCUUUUAUGAACCGGAAGCAGCUCGCAGUUGUGUCCGCGCUUGUGGGUGCUGGUGGAAAUCUCGGGGCCGUGAUUGCAGGCUUCUGCUUCUACAAGCCGAUCCAGGAUGCUCUACUGCCUUUCCAGGUUCAUGCGGGCUAUGUAAUGUUUUGGGCGCUGCUGAGCCCGUGCUACUACUGGUCCGAGAUGGGUGGCAUGUUCCACGGACCGGCACAGAGCUGCGAGAAAGGCAAGACCCAAAGCGGCGAGUACCAGUCUCACACGGAGUCUGUGGCCACCAGUGAGAACUGCAUGUGUCUCAGUCCUUUGCGGCACCUGCUGGCGGCGCUCUGGACGGAUGCCGACAGAUCAGAGUCCCUGGGUGCCGAAGGCUUCCUCUCCUGGGCACUCAGCGAGAAAGUUGCCAGCGGCACCCUCGGCUGGGGCCACGCUGCUGCCACGGUGGUGCGGCAGAGCGCAGGUGUCGGGGUGAUCCAGGGCCCAGAGCUCACAGCAGCCCUCGGCAGGUGCAGAGCCUGGAUUCGGGACUCGCCGAUCUCUGGCGAGGCGGCCAUCACCGAGCAGCACCUGGUCUUUGCAGCAGCCGUAGAGGAGGCUGCACAGGCCCAUACGGUGGAGGCUCCGCGCGCAGGUGAGGCGGAAGGGGUCAUUGCAGACGGGCCGGUCAUUGCGGAGGUGCCGGAAGAAACGAGGCGAGGAACCACAGCGAAGGAGAAGGAGCCCUCGCCACAGGAAGAUCUGGACACGAGCCUGGUGGAGAGCAUUGAGAAGCUGCUCCGCUGGUCCCAGGCACAGCCCUGCCGAGCAGACACUUUUGCUGUCUACACCGCUGCCCUGUGGCCGGCCGUGUCCACUGCGGAUAGCACAGCUGGGAGGCUGCCCUCGCGCAUGGUGCGCCUGGCCUUGGAGUCUUUGGGCACCGCCUCGGUGAGCGCCCUGGCGCGCCCGAAGGCCCCGGCGGCUCCGGGAGUCUGGCGCCUAAUCGCGGCACUCUGCGAGGCAGGGCAGUGGCCCGAGGCCAACUGGCCCACGGUCCUGCAGGCAGUCGCCACAUCCAGCAAGUGGCUCCUGAACGUCCACGAGGACAGCACCUUCCCCGUGUCGGAUGCGUUCGUGGACGAUGCUUGCGCCGCGGCCGCCGCGCUACUCCGCUUUGCCCCACGGGCCUUAGCUCCCAAACUGGUGCCCCUGCUCUCGGCUCCUGACUCGCAGCUGCGCGCUGCCGCUGGCCGGAGGCUGCAAGGACACUGCUGGGUGCCUGGAGAUCUCGGAUCCGGGGAACACAACCAGGAGCCGAGAUCCGAGGACGAAGAGAAGGGUUCUCCCUGGUCCGCAUCCCGGGCCCUGGAGACUUUCGGAACUCUUCUGGAGGCCGACUCACUGCCGUCGGAAGCAGCGAGCACGCCAGCCGCUCAAGGGCCCUCCUGUGGUGACGUGGCCUAUGUCGUGCUUGGCUCUGUCUUUGGCCGUGAGCUAACCGAUGCAGUUUGGGCAGUCGAGGAGGCUCUCAACGGUGUGGCCGCGUGGGAAACUGACGGAGGUUCGGAGGAGGACUCCGACGAGGAGGGGCCCACGGUGCCAAGUGCCUUGGCGAAGCGACAACGUCAACUUUGGGAAGUUAUGGAACAGACGUUAUAG